CGAAGUGCUCUGUGGAUGUUGCAGUAGUGUAUUUGUGGAGGAAGUUAACUUUUGGCAGAAAACGGGGUUGAUCUCCAGGUUUGUAGUUCAAAAAAUCCAACAUGUUGUACCAAAAAGAUGGAAGAAAGAUAUCAGACUGCAGCAAAGCAAGAUAUACAGCAAGUGCUUCAAACAUCAAGUGCUACAUUAAAAUUUUUAAUAUCUCACAAUGCAGCUGCUUUUCAAGAAACCUUUGAAAUGCUUAUCAGACUGGCUGAGAAUUACACAAGCACCCUUUUCUGCAAUGCAUAUCGAAACAUGGCUGCUGAGGCUACUACACGUGUUCAGGAGUUUUUCACAGAUGUUGGACUCUUCAUAUUUGGUGCAGACAUUAGCACAGAGGAAUCUGUCAACAGAUUUUUUGACACCCUUUUCCCAGUAGUCUACAAUCACGUGAUUAAUCCUGGUCUGACUGACAUUUCACUGGAAUAUGCGGAAUGCCUCCAAAUGGUGAGAAGAGACAUCAGGCCCUUUGGUAACAUUCCCAGAAAGGCCAUAGGACAAAUGGGAAGAACACUGUUACCCAGCCGGACUUUCUUGCAGGCUCUGAAUUUGGGGAUUGAAGUGAUCAAUACAACAGAUCAUCUGCAUUUCUCUAAAGACUGCAGCAGAGCAUUACUGAGAAUGCAGUACUGCCCCCAUUGCCAGGGGCUGACUUUAAGUAAGCCCUGUAUGGGCUACUGCCUCAACGUUAUCCGAGGCUGCUUAGCUAACGUGGCAGAAGUGGAUCUUCACUGGCGGGGAUAUAUACAGUCCUUGGAGGAGCUCUCAAGUGCCAUGAGCGGAACAUAUGACAUUGAGCACGUGCUUCUAAACUUUCAUUCACUUGUUGAUGAUGCUCUCGUACAGGCUCGUAUCAAUGGGCCAGAGUUAUCUGAGCAGGUGAACAAGGUCUGUGGUCCUCCUGUAAGGAAGCUCACGCAGUCUCCAGGUUGCCCCUUUGAUCAGAGCAAAGAUAAUCAAGGGUUGAAGAUGUUCUCAAGAGACAGUGAAGAAACCCUCACCAACAGAAGAAAAGAAUUUAUCAGCCACCUCCGGCUCUACAGAGCCUUUUAUGGUGGCUUGGCUGAUCAGCUGUGUGGUAAUGAGUUGGCAGCUGCUGAUGGACUCCCCUGUUGGAAUGGAGAAGAUGUUGUAAGAAGCUAUACUCAUCGUGUGGUUGGCAGUGGAAUCAAAGCUCAGUCUGCAAAUCCAGAAGUAAAAGUGAAGGGAACAGAUCCUGUAAUAAGUCAAAUUAUUGACAAGCUGAAACAUGUUAUUCAGUUGUUGCAGGGCAAAUCAUUUCCUAAAUAUGAUAAAUGGGAUCUCCGACAAACAGGCAGUGGUGGAGGUGUAGAUGAACAAAUCAGUGGAGAUUGUGAUGAUGAAGAUGGUUGCAGAGGAUCAGGAAGUGGAGAAGUCAAGAGAGUCCUGAAAAUUACAGACUCAGGGAUGCCAGACAAGACGAACCUCAGUGACGUAAAGCAAAUCCAUCAAACCAACGAUGGCAGCACUUUAGACACAACUGGAGCAGGAUGUACAACAAUGGUUGAUUAUAUGACAUUUAUGCUGAUUAGUUUGGUAACACUAUUUCUCAGUCUUUGGUAACUGUUUAGCUCUGGCUUGAUAUAUAUAUGUCUCAUUGUCAUCUGUUUAUCCCCACUCACAAGCCUGGAAUAAAGCAUCUGGUGGAUAUAACAAUACUUAUGAUAGUUUGUAUAAUAUCAACCUCUCUGAUCUAAGGCCUGAAUAUUAACAAAGUUGUUUGUGUAAUAUUUAUCCUGUGGGGUUAUUUUAAUACCUGUAAAGUCAUGCAAAAUCAUGUUUCCUUUUAGAAUAUUUUAUGUUAAAAAUAAGUUGACUAUGACAAUCUUUCUCUUAAAAACAAUUUGUAAAAAAGAGAUGACAGAAUCACCAAGUCAUGCAAGGGGCCCCUGGAGAUCAUCUAGACCAACCCUGUGCUCGGAGCAGAGUCAACUAGAGCAAGCUUCCCAAGGCCAAGUCCAGCUGGUAUUUGAAUGUCUCCAAGGAUAGAGACUCUAUAGCCUCUCUGUUUUGUGCUUGAACACUUGUAGCAAAAAAGUUUUUUCUUACAUUUCAAUGUUAUCUAUUGUGUUUAUGUUUGUGCCCAUUGCCUCUUGUCCUGUAACUGGGCACUACUGAGAAGAGUUUG